GAGAGGACUUGCGGCAGCCAACGGCAGCAGCAGCAACAACAACAGCAGCAGCCGCAGCAGAAGCUGUUUGAGCGCUUUGAGAGGCGUGAGAUUUUCUGCAGUAGAGACUCGGAGCGACAAAGCACCGGGGCAGCGACGAAAACGAAAACGACGACGAACGACACCAGUCGAGACGAGAGAGAAGGGAGCGACAGAAGUGGCAGAAGUCGCAGCAGCAGCGGCAGCAGAAGUUGCGGCGGCGACGGCGGCGGCGGCGGCAGCAGACAGAAAGAAUAGCGAGCGCCACCUUUUUUCUGACGACACCAGCGAAGAAGGUGCAAGAGCCGCCACUCCGAUCGUCAGUGUACGUACGUCGUGCGCGGAGAAGACAACAGCAACAGCAGGCACAGUAGCAGGACGAGGGAGAGAAGCACCUAUAAGCCAAAAAAUAGUGCCAGUAACCGUUGAAACUGAGCGGAAAAGAGAAAAACGUCCAGCCAGUGAUUACGACCACUGACGCCAGCAGAAUCCUCUUCGAGCCUUAAAAACGUAAAGGUGUCAAAGAGAGCCAGAGGGCAAUCGUUAGCGAAUUGGACAAGUGCGAAUGCUGUGAGAAUUAAGUCCAUUUGGCAACAAGAGAAUUGCCCUCACAACAAUAACUGCUAGCAAUAUUGGUGCAAUUUCUGGCAGUCUAGUUUACUGAAACGUACUAAAUACGAAAUGGCACGGAAGAGCUGGCAGUCGAUCCUAUAUUACUAACUAGUUGAUGCCAGCUAUCGUGAAGCGUUCGAGCGAUCUUCCCUCAGGACGUGUUGGUCUUGAUUAAUGAUCGAUGCUACAAGCAGCUCUGUAACAGCUAAGCCUGCUGUUGCUGCUGCUGCUGCGCAAAUAGGGAAGUGAAAAUGCGGGCUGAGGACGGUACCGAUAAAAAGGACACGGAGACUGCGGCUCCGCGUAGAACAUCAGAUUUUAGCAUGAUGUCGAUUCUGGCCGACAUUCAGGACAAAGACGAGCCAAAGGUGGUGCUGGAGAGUCAGGAACUGUGGGAAAAUUUCCACAACCUCGGGACGGAAAUGAUCAUCACGAAAUCAGGAAGACGAAUGUUUCCACCUUUCCGCGUUCGCAUGUCAGGUCUCGAGCCGAAAGCAAAGUACGUGAUGCUUAUGGAUAUCGUGGCCGCUGACGAUUGUCGCUACAAGUUCCAGAACCGGCGUUGGGUUGUGGCAGGCAAAGCCGAUCCAGAGAUGCCCAAGAGAAUGUACAUUCACCCCGACUCGCCAGCCACCGGAGAGCAAUGGAUGCAUAAGGUUGUCUCAUUUCAUAAACUCAAACUUACCAACAACAUUUCGGACAAGCACGGAUUUCAAACGAUACUUAAUUCGAUGCACAAGUACCAGCCUCGGUUCCAUCUCGUCAAGACGUGUGAUUUGGCAAAGCUGCCGUAUUCGACGUUCCGUACGUUUGUCUUCCCUGAAACCCAGUUCAUUGCGGUUACUGCCUACCAAAAUGAGAAGAUUACGCAAUUGAAGAUCGACAAUAACCCGUUUGCGAAAGGCUUCCGAGAGACGGGCGCAGCUCGUAAGGACAAAAGAAAAUACGCUCUACCCCCGGCGUCAAAGUCUGGAGUGCUGGCCGGUCUUCAGCCUGGCGGAACACUGCCCACACGACUUAGUGGCACCGACGACGAAUCGGAACCUGAGGACCUGCCAGCGAUUCGAAACAGCGCCAGUGCAAGUCCACCUAACGGACUGUCGAUGUCAAGUCUGUCCAUAGGAGCUCACCGCCUGACCAGCCUAUGUGGAGGCUUUGCGGGGCCGCUAUCAACCAGCGGAGGCCUCAAUAUGUUGGGUCUGCCACCGUCUCCAGCCUCGCCUUCGCCUCCGGCACCACCAGUUCUGCCUGACCUGCUUCUUCAGCAGCAGCUAGCCCAGUAUCGGCAGUUACAUGAAAUGCUCGUACUCGCACAAUCUACUCAGCUACCGCCCACGUCCGUACCGAGCCCAACUUUGGACCCACAUUUAACCAUGCGGAGUCUUUUAUUGUCGCAGUUGACGGCCAACCGUUACAACCCAUACGGACGUCCGCCCUCGGCUGGAGACAACUGAAUUGUCAAUCAAACCGCUCUUCUAGUCAAACAAAACUAACCAUCUAACUAAGUUAAGCAACGCGCCAAACGUGUGAGGUGCUUUGCGGCAACAAGAGCAACACGAUGAAUAGCAGUAGCGUACAGGGACAAGUAUGGACAUCGUCGUAGAUAUGGGAAGCAGUACCUCAUUGCAAUACUUCAGCCAGUCCACGUUGUGAAGUAUUGCACUAUUGUUCACCGUUCGAUCAUUAUAUUCAGCAACAGUAUUUAACGUCGAGUCGGUUCGUGCCCACUGCUGGACCCACUUUUGCUCUGACAGUACCACUUCGAAUACGACUUCGGUUACUUAAAUACUUCUGCCGACAAGACUACUUACCAUUGCAGAUUAACACUUGUAGCAUUUGGCGAAGGGGACCUAAUGUGUCCCUUGCCUAAUCGUUAUCAUCAUAAAUAUCACCGUCACAGUCGAUCAUUAUUAACCGAUACUCAACUUUCAAUCUUUGACUCGCGCGGCCGAAAGAAUUCUCUUUUGCCUAAUUUGCUUCGGAGCCGCUGCUACUGCUCCACAAAGGAUUCUCUACCCACCAACUUCUGCCAAUCUGGCUAUAAACACAUCGACAUAGACACAGCACACACCUUGUGUGCUGUAGGAGCAACUGGCCGCGCGAUCCUAGCGUUGAGCGCGAGUGUCGGCAAAACAACAAGCAUAUUGAAGUUUCCUAUCAUCAAGCACUGUAGCAUCGGCUCGCAGGUGCGACCAGCAUCCGUGUAAAUGUAUUCCGGUCCGCUCCGGUGCCGCUGCGAGCAAUGGCCGGUCGGUAAAAGCCAACGAAGGCGCCCCCAGAUCGUACGACGUAGCUCGAUUGACUGAAAGACAGACAGACAGACAGACAGAUGUUGGCGGAGAUAGAAGGACAGACGAAAACCAGCGAUCCAAAGAGUCAGCCGCCCUUCUACUGAUCUACAGAACGAGAUGGAAUUAACGAAGGAAGCUAGUAGACAGCCAGGCAGCCAGGCAAGCGAGCAUGUGUAGCGACCCACCUUGUUAAUGUAUAUAUAAUGUAAAUAUUAGCCAUGUAUGGGACUCGAGGCUACGGAGUAUGCUUGGCUGACAGUACAGUAGAUACAGCCAGCAUAGACUGUCACGUAUAUACAUCGAGCACACGCAUCCACAGCAUGGUAGAAAUGGAGGAAGAGACGAACAUGGACAAACAUUCGAACGAAAAUAUACAGGUACAUACAUACAUACAUAAACAAACGAAUAUAGGUACACACAACGAGCAGCCGCACAAAAACAUAGGCUAAAACAAAAACAGACAGCUUCUGGGCAAGAUGAGGACCAGGAAAAUACAGAGACAGGAAUAACAACAACAGUAACAAUAUAGAUAGCAUCGACAAAGUCGGUACCAUCUACGCAUGGUUUAUAAGGGACGAUGCUAAGCAGCGCCUGGACGCUACUCGAUGCUGGGUGGAUAACCACGAAUCGUAAUAGUGUAAACGGCACCAAUUGGCACCGAUGUUGUUUCAAUCUACCGUACUUCGUCAGGCGUAUCCGUACAUUUGCGCGUCUAUUGCGUUCAGUCAGUUAUUUCAACGCGUAUCAUUUAUUGGGCGAACGGAGUCUGAGCAAUUGCACAACAUUCUCAAGUAGUCACGACGAAAUUCUUAGCUGAGCAGAGCGACCUUAGGCUGGCUGGUCAGGGGCAUAUAACGAUCAUGUGCCCGCCAUGAUUGCUAAGCCAGUCUCCGCCCAAGUGAUGAUCAAGCAACUGACAUAGUAACAGUAACUAACAUUCUCGAUUUCUGUACCCUCAGCUAACCGCUAACUGCACAGUGGUCUCACACUGGGGCGGACGUGUCCUCACGAAAACGACGUCUGCCAUCGGCUUUGCCUAAUGCCUCUUCGAUCAGGCGUACUUUCCCAUUAGCUAGAAACGGAUGGUGACCAGUAUAGGGUGCGCAGAUACCGAAGUAGAGCUGAGCCGUUCAACGAUGCACAACAGCCGCCAUAGAAUGUGUCGAGCUCUAGAGCAACGUAUCCCCUUUGAAAUCUAAGCCACUAGAAUAAAAAACCAACAGCGUCUUGUGGAAAAUUAGAACUGGUAAACUGUAGAUAAUAGCUUAAAAGACCCUCCUGAGAAAAAAUCUUGAAGACAUCUUGACAAGCGUUCAAAACAUAAUGAAUUGUGUACGGAUAGGCUAAGGAGCAAAGAAGCCUCAACAGUGGUAGCGAUCCGAUUCGCAAUAAUCGACCCAAAACUUGAGAGGUUUAGAAGUGGGGUGAUCAAAUCUAAAUAUGAGGUAUGGUGAAUGACUAGAGGGAGAACUAUGUGGGCUUCAACCUUUCCUGACGAGCGUAUAUCGCUGCGAAGAUCUGCCGGCUGUAGGGAAGCCUUUCGACGAGAAACAUUCGCUGUAGGCUGCGCCCUCUCGAGCUGAUCAAUAAGUGCAACAAUUUAACAGAGUUCAUUGUCGGUGUAUAGUUAUUACUAGAAAAAGAUGCAAACACAUCGUGCUACAAUUGUGUAAUUACUAAUCCUGACCAGGUAGGCAACAGAGGGCGCGUAGGCCGAAAUAAUGCAUUCAACAUGAAAU